GCUACUGACGUUAUCAUUAUGUAAUGUUUUCUGAUGACUUAUUAAUGAAAGUGUAUGUAGACCAGCGUAUAGUAAUGCGUGAGUGAAAUGAAAAGUUGUGCUCGAGACAAACCUCCGUUGAGCAGACAGUCAGUCGUGUUUUCCCGCAGCCUCCUCCCCUUUACUACAAGAUACGCGCGCUAGUGAAUCAUUCAUCACUCCAGCGCAAUGCGAGCUGAUGCUCUGAGUUUCUAUUAAAUGAACACACAUCUGACUGAACUCCCUUCAGUUUCUGUGCACUGGGAUCUGUUCAGGAUGACACCUCUCCUCUGCAACGCCUGCCUCAUCUUGCCUGUUGCUUUACAUCUGCUGCUUGUUCCCAGCCCAUGCUCUGCUGCAGCCACAAAGAAGUGCGGCUCCAUCUAUAAAGGGUUUGCCCAGUGUCUGCUUGCCCUAGGAGACAGUCUGUCUGUCAGCUCCCAAAAAGACGAGGAUACGCAGGAGAUCGACUCUAUUUGCAAAUCCUGGGAUGAUUUUCAUGACUGUGCAAAUGUGGCCAUGGCCGGCUGCCCUGAGGAGGCUGCUGUGGUGUGGGAGUCUCUGAGACAAGAGUCCAAAAAGAUGCAGUUUUCUGGAAACCUGUAUGAGAUGUGCUCCAGUCGUAGCCAAUCAGCAGCUGCCUCGGAUUCCCAAAGCCCCGAUGAGACCAAUCAGGAGUCGUUAAAGGGAUGCGCUAGUCAUACAAGCCUGACCUUUCUGACCUUCUGUUUGUCUGUGCUACUACUGUUUCCAUGGAUAUAAUCGCAUCUCAAGACUCACCUCAGCGUACAAAUAUUCAGCACAUAGACAACAAUACUGACUGGUUUGGUCCUGACAUUUUCAUGUAGUAGAAUAAGAUUCAUUUUAUGCUUCGAAUCCAGCUUUUUAGAACAAAAAGAAUGUCAUGCAACUAACACGUGUUUUCAGGUCCCAAUGCUUGCUUUUAUUAUUUAUGUUUAUCUAAAAUCAUCUUCAGAUAGCAAACUACAUUUUAAGCACACAUCUCAAUCAUAGAAGGACCAAAAUGCGCUUCACGGUCUCCAGGCCUGAUGAGGACGAAAUAAAGACAUUUCCAAACGUUCGAACCCCUUCAUCUAAGAGGAGAUGAAAUGAAGGUCUACUGCAAUACAUUGUCACAUCGGCGAGCUAUGAGUAUCAAAGCAAUUUAAAGAGCCCUAAAAAAUGUUAUUAUUUCACUCUGUGGUGUAAUCUUCUUUUGUAGGACCCUGAGAGGAUUAAGCUGAAGGAUUACACCAAAUAAAAGUAAAUCUAAGUAACGUGGCUCACCUACAGGCUUGUCAGACGUUGUUGUGUGUAGUCUGAACGCCUCUGGGUGAUGGUUUAAAAACCUAGUUUAUUAAUGACGGGUUUAUUGAUUCAGUUUAACGAACAGCACAGCAUUACGCUUUAAGGUGUUUUUGUAAGUCUGUAGCAGUAUGGAACUGCUGUUCAUUUGAUUUUGGUUGGAGUACUGUGUACAUAUUGUAUAGUCUUACAUUAUACAUUCCUCAUAGCUACUCUUUUUUUAUUUUUUCAAAUAUGUGUAUUUGUAAUGACACAAGAUGGAUUCGCUUCAAAAAAAUCAUGAUGGUGCAGUAAUGUAAAUAUGACCGAUAAGCUGUAAAGAAAAGCUUUAUGUAUAUCAUUUAGUGCAUAAUGAACAGAUGAGGCAAAUCAGUGGAGGUGAACGCAUUAACAUCAAUGUAUUCAUACAUGACUUUGUGUGUAAACUGCUCCGCUCAGCGGAUUCCUCAGUCAGUGUGUUUUAUGUUUAAUUUUUAGGCUUAAUUGGCAAUCAACCAUGUUUGCCAAUGCAGUGAACUUAUUAAGGAGGGCAAAAGCCAUUUAUUUAGUCAGAAAAAAAACAGGGGUGGGUUGCCGCUUAUGUCUCAAAUUUCGCUUUUGUGUGGUAGACUGGCUAUCAACACAUGCUUUUCUUUGAUUCCAGAUCCAAUUCCACUAUUGUCAUAACCAGUUAAUAAUGAAGUACAAUCUAAUGAAAUAAUAUAGUAAGGGCUAAUAUGUACAAAUUGAAGUGUACAUCACUCCUUGCUACAUAGAGCUCAUUAAUACCUCCCUUAUUAAUAAUAUUGAAUAAUAUAUGGAGACAGUUAUAAUUUGUUUGACAGAUGCAUUUUAUGAAUCGCAUGUAAAACAAUUGUUUUCUUUUGAUAUUAUAUAUUGCUGAUCGCACACUCAUUUGAAGCUGUGCCCUGAUCUCUACAAAAAAAAAAAAGGUCUUCUAAAAUUUGUUCAAGGUGUCUAAAAGAAUAAUUUAAAUGCUUCUUGUUCUCUGUCUGUCUGCACAAUUAUUUGCUAUACAUACCUAUAUAUUCUAUACAUUAUAUAAAUAAAACUAUUGCUGUUACAUAAAUAAAAGGUGCUGGUCAACUAGUUGAAAGUAACUGUCCUGGUAAUUUUCUGCCAGUACAUAAUCCGUUUUUUUUUACAGGAUUUUUUUUUUACAGUGUGGGAUUUCCCCGUUUUAUUUAUUUUUUUAAAUCUAUGCCCUGUUAUAUAUACAUAUAAAAAUGUAGCUGUUUUUUACAGCUAGCAGACAGUGUGUAAAUCUCUUGUUCUCACUUUCUGGAUGGCAUUUUGUUAUUCCUCUUCCAGAUAUGAAUAUUUCAUGUGUCACAGGUGCCUCUGUAAACACAGACACAGCUUCACUUAGCAGAUGGAGGUUACCUCGCAACACAGCUGAAUCCUGCUCAUAACUUACACAUAAACACUCAGCGGUGGUAUGAGAACAAGCAUUUUUGUGGGCAUUACUAUGUAACAUUUCUCUUGAAAUCAUGAAUUCUGUAUGUACAGAAAACAUGAAGAAAUGUGCAGUUGAUUUUAUUGGCACAACUCAGUACAACUUUGGCUCGUGUUGUAGUAGGGCAGCUAGAAUAGGCCUACUUAUCGAUGUUUGUGUACUCUGAUGAUAUAUGGUAAUCCACUAACAGUUUAAAGAGUUAUGGGGAUGCGCCAUGGUUUUAUUGCUCAUAAUGUGUUAUGUUUACGUGGGCUUUUUAAUUGCAAUUGCUUAUUAUUUUUCUUCUUCCCUUUUAUUACUCUGUCGUCUGUGUCAGCAUACUUAACAUAAGGCAAAAUUCUGUGGC